AAAUAUUUCUCCUCCUCCCUGCCAGGCAAACUCAAACAGAGGGACAACAUGGACCCGAAUACGACGAUCCUGCGAGUCAAGAGAAAAAGGGGGACCGACCCCGCAGAUGCGCUGUUGCUGGCGUGCAAACGUAUUCGACCGGAGACGUCCCAGAGCUCAGGCGAAACGGUACCGGAGCCAAAUGAAGCUGAAGUGGAAAACUCUGUCUUCAAACUCGUGGCGACGGUAGCGACACAGGAUGCUCCUGUUCAGACCCAGUUACGGCAGGCUUUGGCUCGGCCUCGCAUGGCCCACGCACUGCGCCCCUCUGCUGCCAGUUCACAGCGGGUACUUGGGAACCUACGGAGCACAAAGUGGAGCACCCGGAGGGAAGAACGCUACCGAAUACUCUCGAGCCACCGUACAGGGCUGUCGAGCCCAGCUGAGCAGCAACCCCCCCAGACAGAAGCUUCAGAAGGCGUAGAGGACACUGGGAAAGACCAGGACAAAUGUUUGGGUCUUGGUGCAAUCCAGGUGGUUGACCUCCUGCAUGAGGAUGAAGAGAACCAGGACAAAUCCUCUGGCAAGACGCUGUCCUCAGACCCAGAGAUGAUCCUGUGUAACAGUACCAAGAUGCUGCGGGAGCGCCUGAGCAUAACUGGAGAAAGAAUUGGAGAAGAGCACCGGGAGCAGGACAACGACUACGUCUACGAUCUUUAUUACCAGGAAACGGUCACACCAGGGUGGAUCCAGGACAUCCUGUCUGUCAGGGCCUACGCCGAUGAGGGAGAACUGGUUCCUGACCUGGUGGUUCAUGAAGAGGAGGUGUAUGAAGAUGAGGAUGAUGAAAAUGAGGAAGGCAACUGGAGGAAUGACUACCCUGAUGAGGGCAGUGAUGCAGACAGUGACAGAGAGGAGCGCUAUGGUGGUUACUGUGAGGAGGAGCACUCGUACAGCCGGAGGAGCUGGGGGCUCUACCAGAGUGAAGUGCUGCAGGAGCUGGGCUGCCGUGGUGAAGAUAAAAAUGAGGAUGAUGAGGAUGACGGAGACAAAUAUAAUUCCGAUUGAUCUAACCCUCACCCGUCAGUGGCUCUUCCCAAUGCCCUCUCCACAAAUAACACCCUACUCCAUAGACCUCUGUGUAGGUGAGAGUGGAGGGAAACGAGGCAUAAAAGAAACAUUCUUAAAGUGUAGCAAUUAAUGUGUAGCACUAAUCAGAUUGAAAAUUGUUCAAUUGGCCGGGAACAUCCUGUUGAGUUAAAUUAACAAAACAAGUUAAAUUCUAUAUGCAAAUAUGUCAACAAAAACAUUUAUCAUUGGAUCAAAUAGCUUGUAACCCACUAGCGGUUUAUAAAAUGUCAUACAUAAGAUGUGAUUAAAAGUUUUUAGGAUGAAAUCUCUCCCUCCCUCUUACUACACAGGGUGCAGCUGUGGGUGUUAUUCCCUGAAGGAUCCAGAGUUAUUAUUAUUUUUUAACCGUGGUGGAGUGAAUUUGUGUGUGGGUGUUUGUUCAAUGUGGAUGUGUGUUAAAAAUGUUGCACAUUAGUGUGAUAUGCCUUGUAUGCUUUGUGCUGUUAACACUUCUGUUAGUGAGUGUCUCGGGCAGCGAGUGGUUGCAAUUUAGGGUGCAUUUUGUGCAUGGUAGUGUGUGUAGGUAUAAUUGUGUGUGUUAGAUUUUUUUCUUAAUGUGAAAGUGUGAAGCAUAUGUUAUGUUGUGGGUGUGUGAGUUUGGUUCAGAAAUUCCCCUUUGAAGCUCAGAUUGUUUCUCUUGGAUGCUUGUUGAAUUUAUUCAUUUUUUUGUAAAUAUGUAGAUGUGUAUAAAAAGAAAAAACUUUCAAAAUAAACUUUAAACAUCUCA